UCCUUAUUGUCUGUCGUUCAAAUACCACAUGUAUGGGACUGGCAUAGGAUCAUUAAAAGUAUUUGCUGGGGAUAAAACAUCUUCUCUGAAAAGUAUCUGGAAAAAAAUAGGAGCACAAACCCAAGAUCCCCAUAAAUGGGACACUGGAACUAUAGACAUACCACUAUUUAGCAAUCUUGCUGUCACCAUAGAAGGGACCAGAGGUAAAACCUUUAAGGGUGAUAUCGCCAUUGAUGAUAUUUUACUAAAGGCUGGUGCAUGUAAUGCUUUGGGAUAAACAGACAAAGAAAGAACACAUUAGAACCGUAAAAAAAAUUGUUCGAUAUUGACAGUUAAUUAUGCAUAAUACUGAUAAUUUUUAUUGAUUAGAA